CGUGUGAUAAUCAGAUCACUUGCAUUGUGUGUUCCGGGUGCAAGCUCUGCUGGACGACAUUCUCGGGAUGUCGCUGCUCCGGGUGACAUUAUUACUCAGCAGCAUUCAAGUGCUUUCAGCGGCACCAACCUUGUUUCUGCCCAGCAAUGUGACCCUGUCUGAAGACGCCCCUCAGAGCACAUUGGUUGCCAAGAUGAAUGCCACAGCCGCUCAACAUGACAGAAUAGUCGGUGCUCCAUUUAUAGUAAAUUCAAAUCCAGUGGUUCACCCGUUCAUCAUCAUCCCUAAGGCAAAUAACUGGGAGUUGAUAACAACAAAUACACCCAAGCUGAACUUUGAAGCGGUGCCACUGUAUACUCUGCAAAUCCUGGUGGAGGACAGCAAAAAAACAACGGCCACACAGUCCAUUGUUAUCGAAAUUACCCAUGUUAACAAGGCUCCACUCUUUACCGGAACACUGGCCAGACAAGACGCGGAGCUGUAUAUAGCGGAGAACACUGCUGUUUCCACAGUCAUUUACAAAGUGGCAGCCAAGGACCCAGAUAAUGACGUGCUGCAGUAUUCUAUCAGGAUUACUCCGGGCAACUCUGGGUUUCAGAUUGACAACACAGGAACGAUCUCAACCACGCAAAUGUUUGAUUAUGAAAGUAACACAAAGAGCUAUACUCUAACUGUAACCAUAAGUGAUGGGACUCUUGAAAAAUCAGGAAACAUAAAGGUCUAUAUAACUAAUAUAAAUGACAACGAGCCAACUCUGACUUGUGUCUUUUCCAGUAUCACUGAAAACAGUACCAGCAGCACAAAGACAGAGCGAUCUGGAAGCAGAGCUAAUAUUCAGCUGAUUGAGGAACUUCCUAUCGGAACAACAGUUAACACUUGCAAUGGCUUUGAUGCUGAUUUAAUGAAUGAUCUCACAUUUUAUUUGGACCCUGGAAAUCCAUAUUUCACCAUUCACAAAGAGACAGGAACUGUGAUCAUAAUAUCCAUCAUGGACAGUGAGGCUUUUGGGUUUGUCAGCAUUCAGUCCUAUACUGUGAAAGUUUGCGACCGGGACAAUAAAUGUGCAUCAAUAUUAGUCACGGCAACUAUCCUCCCGAUUAAUGACAACCCUCCAUUCUGUGAUCCGUAUUUGUACAGUUUUACGAAUGCAGAGCCUAUUAGAAAAGACACAGUUGUUGCAACAUUGAAUUGCCACGACCCGGAUGUACCUCCAAAUCCCUUGAAAUACCUUCCCAGCAACGGCCCAAUUGGACCAGACAAAUUAUUUCAACAAACCGGCAACCCAAAUGUUAUAAAGGUAAAUGAAAAUUUGGUGUAUGAUACUGAUCCAGUGACAACAUAUGAGAUAAUGGUAUCAGUUUCAGACUCAUCUGAUUCAACCCAUACAGUAACUGCAACAAUUAUCGUCUCUGUAACUCCGGUGAACAAUUUUGAUCCAGAAUUCAACCCAACCACAUAUAACUUCACUGUGCAGGAAACAGCAAAAGAGGACACUGUACUAGGGCAAGUGACUGCUACAGACAGAGAUCGACCAGAGUGUAUAACCUAUAGUAUACGAGAUGGGAACUCAGACAUAAUUCAUAGAUUCUGGAUAAACCCCACAUCAGGAAUCAUACAGCUAGUGACCAACCCUGAUUAUGAGAUAAAACCUUCAUACACUAUGACCAUCCAAGCCACAGAUUGUGACCCCAUCAGCCCUCGCAAAGCCCUGGCACAGGUCACAGUUAAUAUAAUAGAAGAGAAUGACGAGGCCCCAGUGUGUAAGCCAUCUAGAUACACGGCUGUCAUUUAUGAUAAUAUCACUGCCGGGAUCAACAUCAACAACUUCAGACUAAACUGCAAGGACAGAGACUCAGAUGAUACGGCCAUGCGGUUUGAGAUUUUCUCAGGGAACAUCAAUAAUCACUUUUCUUUUGAUCCCACCCAUGGCUCUCACAACCCUAAACUUAUAGUGAAAUCUCCUUUUGACUUUGACAAUGGGGCAGAUAUGCAGCAGAGAUACACCCUGAUAGUCCACAUAAUUGAUGACAAUGUUAAGUAUGGUAAUGCCCAGCAUCCGAGAACUGGAACAGCAAUGAUCGAUGUAAGAGUGGUCCGAACUAACACACCCGCUCCACCUACAACUGACUACUAUAAGAGAAAAGGACUUACUAUAGUAAACAAGGAUGUCAAUACGUAUAACCCCUCCGCCUGGUAUGUACCAUUCCUGCUGACUCUCAUGGCCUUGCUCCUGGCUGCUCUGUUUGCCUGGGCUUGCCAUCUGAUAUGGAAAUACACCAACUUGAAAGCACUGUGCCAAAAUGUGAGGAACAAGGUGACUAAUAAAAGAGUCAAGACAUACAAACCAGGAACAAAAAAGGAGAAAGUUGAAAAAAUCACAGAAACUACAACCUAUGAACCCAUUUUCCAUGGAGAAGCCGUUGAUCCAGUCACAGGAAACACUUAUGAAUUUAACAACAAGUCUGGAGCAAGGCGCUGGAAGUCCGAGCAAUCCAAAGACAGCAAUAUGACACUUACAGACAUCUCCACCGUUACAGAAGCCCUGCCUUCUUAUCCGCCCACCGUUCCUGCUGUUAAUGUCACCUAAGAAGGGACUUCAAAUUUUAGUAGAGGAUAUUCUUGAAUGAUUUUUUUUUUUUUUUUUAAGUUUAAGAAAAGCUACUUUUUGAUUAGAUUGCAGUCAUCAUUUUGUGUUCAGGCAACAAAUAAGAAAUCUAUCCAGUGGAAAAACCAAAAUGAACCUUUGGCUGAGUCGAGUCCAGGAAAAAGCUAAAUAUAAUUGUUAUUGCUUUCUAGAAAAUAUUGCCACUUUUCUGAUGCUUAAAAGUCUAAUUCAUUUGCCCUAAUUUCUAAUUUCCCUGUUGCUAGAUAAAACAAAUUGUUUACCCACAUGGCACCAAAUCAUGUACAGUACCUGUACCUCAUUUGACUUCAAGUGGUUGUACCCCAAUACCGCUUUUUUUAAGAGCUGAUGUUCGGCUCUCUUGUAUAAACAACCAAUGCGGAAGCCACUCGGCUGUAAUUACAAGCAGCAGGAGGGGACAUCCCCCCUUCCCGCCACUCGCCCCGGGCUCUCCCGUCCCACUGGGAGACCCGAGCAACCAGCCAGCAUGUCCACCGGCUGGCCGGAGACCCGACUUUGAUCGGGUCUGGGAUAUUGUAACCUGGAAGUAACGUCAUGACAUCACGUCCUGUUUACUCUGGAACCAAUGGCUCCAGUUUUCAAAAAUCUACAUUUUUCACAAACGCCAAUCUUGCCUUUUUGAAUGUUUUCAAGUGCAAAGGAGGGGUGAGGGGUCUUAUAGACCCCAGAUCAGAUCCCUCCAUAAAGAGUAUCUGUCAUGUGCCUAUUGGUGUCACAGGGAUGUUUACAUUUCUUGUGACAGCAAUAAAAGUGAUCAAAAAUGCAAAACUGUGUUUUUGUUUUAUGAUAAAGAAGUGGGAAUUAUAGGGGUUAUUUCUGAUGAUGGCAUGAUAUUUUUUUUAUAGGUUAACCCAUAUAAUUUUCAUAGAACAGCAGUCAUCUUGUUCAACUUUUUUUUUGGAGUGCAUUCUUCACAAUGCCCCUUGUUUUUCAGCAUACAGUAUAUAUGAGAAAAUGCGUGUUACAAAAACCAUGUUCUUUAAGAAAACGCAAUUUUUUCCCCUUGGCCACCACUCAGCCAUACCACUGUGGCACACUUAGCUCACAGUAAACUGUCUCUACCAUGAAAGGGCCAGUUGGUUGUUUUUGCCUUCCAGGCUAAAACUUUUCUUUCCUCCCCUGGCCUCUUGCCAGUAGUUCUGUGCUGUGCUACAAAGUACAAAAUAAAAAAAGACUACAUUACUUACCUUCAAUCUGGAGCUGUCCCCUAAAGUGCAUCCUUUUGCCAUAAAUUGUCCUUAGUCUUCUGGGUUUAAUGACACCCAUCUUCAUUCAACCUGAAGGACUGGGGACAUAAUAUGAAAUAAUGGGCAUCAGGCCCUGCCCUAUCAAGAUUAAGUCACCCCAGUUGUCCUUCAUUCAUUGCUUAUUGAAGGAGAAAGUGGUGCUGAUGUCAGCACAUCAGUGUUGCACUUUGCAUUCACUGAGGACCACCCUAAACUGGAGCAAAGACAAAGAGAAAGAAGACCCAAGGCCAGAUACAAGUCCAAAGGAGAACGAAGAUUUGCAGUCCACGGACCUAGACUGUGGAACGCUUUACCAAC